GCGUUACUGUGAUUUUCCACAGCUCAAUAUUCCAAGAUCAAAUCAGCCUACAGCAUAAAUCGUCGAUAAGCGAUCAUGGCAUCCCUCCCCGCUGGAAGUUGCUGUUACCAAGGCGUCAAGCACGAAGGUGAAGCCAAGGGUAGCUUCUCGCAGCUCAAUGAUUUCGAGAUCUACACCAGCUCUCCUGCUGACAAGUCCACCGAGAAUGGUAUCUUGGUCAUCACGGAUGUGAUCGGCCACCGCUUCAUUAACGCCCAGCUCAUUGCCGACCAGUUUGCUGCUAAUGGCUACUUCGUUAUGAUGCCUGACCUCUUCGACAACGACGCCAUCCCGCUCAACCGCCCUGAUGGCUUCGAUAUCAUGGCAUGGAAGGGUGGCGCAUACCACAAGGACAAGAAGCCCCAUACCCCCGAGGUCGUCGAUCCUAUCAUCGAGGCCUGCAUCAAGGAGAUGAGGACCAAGUAUGGAUGCAAGAAAAUCGGUGCCGUGGGUUACUGCUUCGGUGGCAAGUACGUUGUGCGCCAUCUCCGCCCCGGCCAGAUCGAUGCUGGAUACACCGCCCACCCUUCCUUCGUCGAGUCGGAGGAGCUGAAGGCCAUCAAGGGCCCUCUGGCUAUUGCUGCUGCAGAGACUGAUGCAAUCUUCCCCGCUGAGAAGCGUCAUGAAUCCGAAGAGAUCCUGAAGGACUCGGGUCUCCCUUACCAGAUCAACCUCUACAGCGGCGUUGCGCACGGCUUUGCUGUCCGUGGAGACCCCGCCAACCGCACGGUGCAGUAUGCUAAGGAGAAUGCUUUCUUGCAGGCUGUCCAGUGGUUCAAGGAGCACUUAUAGUGGUGUGGAUUUUGUCUUAAGAUAACCUACCUGAAAUGGGAGGUAUGAUGGCUUCAAUGCAAAGUAGGCUAUAUGACCAAUCAUAUCGAAAAUUGUUAGAC